GCCAUGCCGCCAUGGCUCCUACACCACCAUCUAUCUCGCCUUCAAACCAAUAGUGAUCGCAUUCACAUUACAGCAAUGGCUUCAGCUGCUAAGCGUAGCAAGAAGCUGCGCAUCCUCCUCAUACCCUUCUUCGCCACCAGCCACAUCCGCCCCUUCACCGACUUCGCCUUCCACCUCGCCGCGGCCAGCCCGGGCGACGUCGAGGCUACCGUCGCCGUGACCCCUGCGAACGCCCCGGUCGUGCAGGCGGCCCUCUCAUCCCACAUCCCCCGCGGCGGCCAUGGCGGCGACGCCAGGGUCAAGGUCACGACCUACGCAUUCCCGAACGUGGACGGCCUCCCGCCAGGGGUCGAGAACAUGUCCACCGUCAAGGCUGAGGACGCAUGGCGGAUCGUGGCCGCCGCCUCCAACGAGGCCGUGAUGCGGCCGGCACAGGAGAGCCUCAUCAGGACGAGCUCCCCCGACGCCGUCGUCACCGACCUCCACUUCAUCUGGAACGCCGGUAUCGCCGCCGAACUCGGGGUGCCCUGUGUUGCCUUCAACAGCGGGGGCAUCUUCCCAACGCUAGCCCUUUGGCGCCUUACGGCCAUUGAAAUCAAGGACCCGGCAGCCGGCGGUUCGGUGACCGUUCCCCAGUUUCCCGGUCCCGAUAUCUCUCUCCCGGUCACCGAGCUGCCAGAUUUCUUGAGGAAUCAGGCGCAGGUGUUCGAAUUCGACCAUGGCGCGGAAAAUCGGUUCAUGGUGGAGCUCAAAGCGUGCCUGGGAUUUGCCGCCAACACUUUCAUUGAUCUCGAACCUGAGUACUGUGAGAACUUCAUCGACAGCGGCUUCGUGAAGCGCGCCUACUUUGUCGGCCCGCUUUCACUGCCACCGGUGGCGGCAGCGACGGUAGCCAUUACCGGCGUCGAAAAAUCGUCAUCAGCUUGCUUCGAUUGGCUGGACACAAUGCCUGCCCACUCCGUCGUGUACCUGUGCUUCGGCAGCCUGACGAAGUUGUCGGAGGCUCAGCUCAAUGAGCUCGCCGUCGGGCUGGAAUCCUCCGGCGUGCCGUUCCUGUGGGUCGUCAAGGUCCCAACAUGGGAGCCGCCGGCAGGGUGGAAGGAGCGUGUCGGGAGCAGAGGCAUGCUCGUCACGGGGUGGGCCCCGCAGAGGGACAUCCUUCAGCACCCGGCGGUGGGGGCCUUCGUGACGCACUGCGGCUGGAACUCGGUGCUGGAGACGUUCGCCGCCGGCGUGCCUGUCCUCACAUGGCCGAUGGCGUUCGAGCAGUUUAUCGUCGAGAGGUUUCUGACACAGGUGGUAUCGAUCGGGGAGCGCCUGUGGCCGGAGGGCGCCGGGCGGCGCAGCACGAGACGUGAGGAGCACGAGCUGGUUCCUGGCGAGGCGAUCGCGCGAGCCGUCGCGAAGUUCAUGGAGCACGGAGGUGCCGCGGACGCCGCGAGGAGGAGGGUGGCGGAGCUCUCCGCGAAGGCUCGCGCGGCUAUGGCGGAAGGCGGCACCUCUCACCGCGAUCUGCAUCAGCUUCUUGAUGACAUUAUGGCAGCAAGGGCGUCUGGUGGUGGGACUACGGCGCCAUGAAAAAGACUUAUCUCAAUAUGGAGCAUGGCAGCUGGAGAAUCUGGAUGGAAACCAAGGUUACGAGAAGACGUACUGGGAAGACGCAUGUUAUCAGUUACUGAUGAUCUUAUGGUUCCAAGAAGAUGCAAGAAUAAGAAAUGUCUUGUCCUGCAGCAAGAUACACAGUUCGUUGUAAAAUGUGUGUGCGCACGUCUCAAACAUGAUGUAGCUAAACUUUAGUUAGGUAUGUCAUACCCUUUAACUACAUUGUCGACAUUGUCGGUAGAGCAGUGCCGCUACCUAUGUUCCUAAGGGUGUGAUUAAGGUUGGUCUAUUUCUAGCCGGGCUAGUAGUUAUGCAGGCUAGUUCAAACCAGA